AUAAACAAACAUUUCAAUCUGUUGUUGGUUGUACCUUCCUGGAUCGACUUGUACCUUGUAUUUUUACAACACUGAUUCCUGAUAAUGGCGCUUUCGUAAAUUCUUGCUUACUCUGCUCUCCCAGCUUCAAAUGGGGUCUCGAGCAAUACAAUUUCUCGGCCAAUUCCCAAUUUCAAUUCCAAUUCCUCAAAUUUGCUAUCGCAGAUUUUUAACUGGUAUCUACACUAGUAAUACUCGUCGGAAGCGGUGUUAUUCCGGUGGCCGGAGCAGCGGCGGUUCGCGGUGGGAUUGGAACGAGAACGCAAACGCAAACAAACGGUCCAGAUUCAGCGACGCUUACGCGGCGGACGAAUAUGAUGAUGACGAAUUUGCGUUCAGGAACGAGGCCAAGCAGCGGAAGUGGUGGUCUGAUAAUUCAUUCAGAGAAGAUGAUGAAGAGGACGACCAAGGGUUUGGGAUUUACGAAGCUGCCAUUGGUUUCAAUUGGGUUUUAAAGGUGUUUCGAGCCUUUGGAUGGAUGAUUCCAGCUGUCAUGAUCUCAUUACUCCUCGGAACGGGGCCCAAUGCUAUCGUCAUGACCUUAGCUCUACCCCUCGCCCAGUCAGCAUUUUAUUUAGUCACUGACACACUGUGGGGAAGGUCCGACGAAACUCCAAGACCAAAGUCCAAGAGCAAGAAACGGCCCUUUGCUGGAGCUAAAAGUCGUACGAGAGUGAGAAAAGAAAAGGACGUUCGCUCUCAGGCAGAAACCGAGGCGCAGAAUUAUAAAUCAUGGGUAGAUGCUAACAAUGGUUCGUCUGAAAAGGACAAGAGUAAUAAUCCUCAAGAUUUUGGUGGGUGGGAUGAGCUGGAUAAUCAGGCGAGACCGAAAAACGAACCCCGUGUGACCCCUUCUGAACCGGCGAACGAACCAAGAUCGCAAGAUAGGGUUAAAUUAAGCAGGAGAACAAAGGGGGAAACGCCGUUACUCAUGAGACUAUUGAUUGCCAUGUUCCCUUAUUUGGGAUUUUGGACCAAGUUAUUUUAACUACUGUGAGUUUGCAAAUCGAAAUUCUCAAUUGAUAUAUAUAUAUAUAUGGUCAUGAUCUUGAUGGUGUUUGUGCUUAGCCAAUGGGGAUCCAGAGCAAGAUUAGAUUGCGGUUUUGUCGAUGAAUGAAGUACCUUUGUGGAUUUGGUUCCCUUUAUUUACAACUAUGCCACUUUACGGGGAAAAGCUCUUAUGACGUGUAUCAGGUUCAUGCCUCCUUACCCUGCUCCCAUGUCAUUUUGCAGUCGUGAUAUAUACGAGCUGUAGUGGAGAAUUCUUUAUUGUGUGUGUGUGUGUAUAUACGUAUAUUCGUGUUUGAAUUGGAUGAAUUAUUAGAAUACUGUCUACACAGACACACUGUAUACAAUCAUUGUUGAAUCUGAAUCUUGAUCUUUGAGUAAAAGAUUUAAAGGUAUACUUUCUUAA